AUGGAGCCGACACCGAAUUGGCUCGGCGCCACCAUCUUCUGGCUGUACAUUUUGGCGGCCCUCUUCUUUACAGCCUUAAUCAUAUACACCAUCGUCAACAUCCCACAAUCCAAAGAAAAUAUUCUCGCCCGCUUCGACACGCAACGGGAGCAAAGACUCUUCACCUUCCUCGCCAUUUUGAGCUUUCUCGUCCUGAGUGCCAAUAUGUUGCAUGUUUUGAUCAACUCUUUCAACACCUGGUCUCGAGAGCGGCCCCUCGAUUCACCAACAACAAAUAUCUUCUCCACAGUCGGCACCUGGUCCUUGUCGUCUACCCUCUUUCAUGACUUUGCGGAAGCCUUGCUCUACGACCGAACUCGCAUGGCCUGGACCGCUGCCGCAUUGUCGACCACCUUCGCAUUCUGCCUCUACAUGGGCAUUGAAGGCCAUCGCCGAGCAGUGCCCAAUCUCUGGGCCUUUUUCUGCCUCGCUCAGAUCCUCCCCAUCAGCUUCACGCAGAACUUGUUCACCCUCGCCCGCCUGCGUCUACCCCCGGCCGUAAACCCCAAAGUCCCCGUCCAGAUUCUCUUCUUGAUCGGUCAGAUCGGGAUGUACGUCGGCUUCUCCGGCAUCACUUUCAACCUCGCGAAACCGGAGUUGCUGAUGCGCAUGGUCGUGUCCACUCGCGCCCUGAUGCUCCUUCCAUGCAUCCUCGCUCCGGGGGCCUUAUCUCCGUUCUUUGGCAAGACUCGGGCGACGUGA